GGCUCUCUGAGCACAAUGUCUGCAUCCCCUGCCAGCAACGGCGUGUUUGUUGUCAUCCAGCCCAGCAACACCAGCGGCCUCCGCCCACCUCCAGCCAUUCUGCCCACCUCCAUGUGCCAGCCUCCCGGGGUCAUGCAAUUCGAGGAGCCACCACUGGGGGUGCAAACACCAAGGGCCUCCCAGCCAUCUGACCUGCAGCCCGUGGAGACAUUCCUGACGGGAGAGCCCAAAGCUUUAGGGACAGUGCAGAUUCUCAUCGGCCUCAUCCACCUGGGCUUCGGCAGCGUGUUGCUCAUGGUCCGCGGUGGCCACGUGGGAAUGCUCUUCAUCGAAGCCGGUGUCCCCUUCUGGGGAGCAGCCUGUUUCAUCAUCUCAGGGUCCCUCUCAGUGGCUGCUGAGAAAAACCACACCAGCUGCCUGGUGAGAAGCAGCCUGGGCACCAACAUCCUCAGCGCCAUGGCGGCGUUUGCUGGAACAGUCAUUCUGCUCAUGGAUUUCGGUGUCACUAACUGGGAUGUGGGCAGGGGCCAUCUGGCCAUGCUCACCAUCUUUACCAUCCUGGAGUUCUUCAUCGCAGUCACUGCCACCCACUUUGGGUGCCAAGCCACUCACGCCCAGGCCAACACGCCUGUGAUUUUCCUGCCAAAUGCUUUCAGCACAGACUUCAACAUCCCAAGCCCGGCAGCCUCUCCACCCCCUGCCUAUGACAAUGUGGCAUAUAUGCCCAAGGAGUGUUCUGAGUAG